AUGAUGCAAUGCUUCAGUGCCUACAAAUCGCACAGAAUCUGGAGAUGUGUGUCGCUUGUUCUUGGUGUCGAUGCUCUGGGUUUGAGCAUCUAUGAGCCUGAUAAUCUGCUGGAGUCCAAAAUCGGGUUCCCGUGGCCGGAAAUUCGAAAACUCUCUUUUCACGACAAGAAGUUUAUAAUCCAACCAACGGUGAAGAAAUCCAAGAUUGAUAAGUGGAUUCUGACGUUGUGCACCGGCAAUCAUGAGCUAUACAUGCGUAGAAGGAAGCCUGACUCGAUCGAAACGCAAUAG